AUGGUGCCAAAUGAAGUCUAUCUGUACAAGGGGAUUAUCAGCUUGCUUAAUCACUUUGGGUGGACGUGGGUCGGGCUCUUUGUUGUGGAUGACGGGAGUGGAGAAAAUUUCUUGCGGACCAUGGAGCCGUUGUUUUCCCAAAAUGGAAUUUGUUCAGCCUUCACACAAAGAAUCCAACAAUCACCCCGUUUUGAUGACUUGGAUAAACUCUUUGACAUGGUAUCAAGUAAUUAUUUAGAUUUCACAGAUAGCAAAGUCAAUACGUUGAUCAUCUAUGGAGAAACUUUGACUAUUGUGUGGCUAAGAUUUAUUGCUGAAAGUAAGGGGAAUGAAUCAUUUAGAAAGGUAUGGAUCAUGACAACUCAGAUUGAUUUUGCAUUAUCUAGCAUUCAAAGGAACUGGGGUCUUCAGAUGCUCCAAGGUGCAAUUGCCUUUACCAUUCAUUCACAAGAUGUUCCGGAAUUCAGGGAAUUUCUUCAGAAAGUAAAACCUUACUGGACUGAAGGAGAUGGAUUUGUUAAUGAUUUCUGGGAGCAAGCAUUUGAUUGUUCAUUUACAAAUUUUGAAGAGCCAGAAUAUGUCUUUAAAAUAUGUACUGGGGAGGAGAAGUUGGAGAGUCUUCCUGGGCAUCAGUUUGAGCUACUCAUGACUGGUCACAGCUACAAUAUUUAUAAUGCAGUCUAUGCCGUGGCUAAUGCUUUGCAUGCCAUUUACUCAACUAGAACCAAGCACAGAGCCAUUCUGGGAAGGGAAAGAUUUGAACUUCAAGAUUUGCAGCCUUGGCAACUCCACUCAUCUCUCCAUGGCAUUUCAUUUAACAACUCAGUUGGAGAAAUGUUCACUUUCAAUGAAAAAAUGGAAAUAGGAGGUGGAUUUGACAUCACUAAUAUCAUCACAUUUCCAAACAAUUCCUUCCAGAGAGUGAAAGUUGGAAGGGUGGGUCCUGGUGGUCUUGGAGGAAAAGAGUUCAUCAUUGAUGAUGACAUGAUUGUGUGGCAUGGAGCUUUUAAUCAGAAAUUUUGUUGCUAUGAUUGUGCUUCAUGCUCAGAAGGGAAGUUUGCCAACCAGACAGAUAUGGUUGCUUGUUUCAAAUGCCCAGAAGAUCAGUAUCCAAGAGAGGACAAAACUCAAUGCAUCCCCAAAGCAAUAAGGUUCCUGGCUUACAAAGAAACAUUAGGAUUCAGUUUGACUUUAGUUGCUGUGUUUUUUUCCCUGAUCACAGCUUUGGUGCUAGGAACUUUUAUUAAGUACAGAGAUACCCCCAUUGUGAAGGCCAACAACCGCGACCUCACCUACGCUCUCCUCAUCUCUCUUUUUCUCGGCUUCCUCUCAUCUUUGCUGUUCUUGGGCAAACCUGAGAAAGUGACCUGUCUUCUUCGCCAACCAUCCUUUGGGAUUGUCUUCUCAGUGGCUGUUUCUUGCGUGCUGGCAAAGACCACCAUUGUUUCUCUAGCAUUCAUGGCCACAAAACCUGGAUCCAGAAUGAAGAAAUGGGUGGGAAAAAGCCUAUCCAACUCUAUUGUCCUUUCCUGUUCCCUUAUUCAAGUCAUUAUUUGCACUACGUGGUUGGCAACUUCUCCGCCAUAUCCUGAUUUAGACAUGCACUCGGUAACAGAAGAAAUCAUUCUACAGUGUAAUGAAGGGUCCACUGCCAUGUUUUACUGUGUCCUUGUCUACAUGGGACUCUUGGCAAUCAUCAGCUUCUUUGUUGCAUUUCUUGCCCGGAAAUUACCAGAUAGUUUUAAUGAAGCCAAGUUCAUCACAUUUAGCAUGUUGCUCUUUUGCAGUGUGUGGGCCACCUUUGUGCCAACCUACCUGAGCACCAAAGGAAAAGACAUGGUGACUGUGGAGAUCUUUUCCAUCCUGGCUUCCAGUGCUGGGUUAUUGGGUUGCAUCUUCACUCCUAAAUGCUAUAUCAUUGUUUUGAAGCCUGAGUUGAACAGCAGGGAGCAAAUGUUAAGGAAAAAUAUUUAA